CUCUCUGCCGCUUCGGCUAGGGUUUACUGUUAUUUUCUCUCUCUCACACACACACAAACACUGUCUCUAUAUAUUUCUUGUAUAUCACCUAUUAAUGGGGUUUUGAUUUUAUUUCUUUGAGAUUAUAAUUCUUAAGUCAUAUAUUGAAAAACCCAUUUUUUGUGCUAUUGAAAAAUGGCCUCAAGAAACCCAUUUGAUCUUUUGGUUGAUGAUGAUAACGAUGACGUCACUCAGCUCAUUGCCAAGCUUCCGGUUGCUGCUCCGGCUAAGAAAGCUCCGGCUGCCGGUGGUUUGACUGCUAAGCCUGCUCCUAAGAAAGCUCCGGCUGUGCAAGAGUUCAAGACUGAGAGGGGUGGAGGUCGCGCUGGUAGUCGUGGUGCAGGCCGUGGUGGCCGUGGAGGACGCGGCUUUAACCGUGAUUCCGCUAACAAUGAGAACACUAAUGGAAACACCAAUGGCUUCAAUGGAGGUUACAUGCCUACAGCUGACGGAGAGGUUGAUAAGUUCUCUGAGAGACGUGGAUUCAGUUCUUCCCGUGGCGCUUAUCGUGGUGGUCGUCGUGGUGGUUAUGCAAAUGGGGAUAUGGAUGGUGAACGCCCUAGAAGGGUUUUUGAACGCCGCAGUAUGACUGGUCGUGGUAAUGAUCUUAAGCGUGAUGGUGCUGGUCGUGGUAACUGGGGAUCUCCCACUGCAGUUCCUAAGGUGCUCGAUGAACCUGUGGCUGAGCCUGAGAAGAAUGAAGAGCCUGAGAAGCCUGCUGCACAAGAAGAUGGUGUUGAUGCCAACAAGGAAAACCCUGCACCUGAGGCAGAGGUGAAAGAGCCUGAGGAAAAGGAAAUGACACUUGAAGAGUAUGAGAAGGUUUUAGAGGAGAAGAGAAAAGCCUUGCAAACACUAAGAGCCGAGGAAAGAAAGGUUGGGUUGGACAAAGAUCUAGAAAAAAUGCAAUUGUUAUCCAGCAAGAAGAGCGAGGAGGAAAUCUUUGUUAAACUGGGUUCUGAGAAGGAGAAGCGCAAAGAUGCUGAAAAGGAAGAAAAAGCUAAAAAGUCACUAAGCAUCAAUGAGUUUUUGAAGCCUACUGAAGAGGAAAGGAACUACAGUGGUGGCCGAGGUAGGGGUCGUGGCCGUGGUGGUCGAGCAGGAUAUGGUGGUGGAAACAGAAUCAAUGAUGUGGCACCUGCCAUUGAGGAUGUGAAACAGUUCCCAUCAUUGGGGGUUAAGUGAGUUUUAUUUCUUGCUUGGGUUGUCAGAGAAGAUACUUUCUAUUUACAAUCUUGAAGUGGUGUUAUGUUAAACAUGUGUAAAUUGUCUAGUAUGGCCUUGGCUGUUUUGCUUGGUAUUGGUUUACCAUUCUUCAAAAGUGUAGGCCAUUUUGAGGUUACCAAUUUUAUAGCCUUUAAUAUUUUGAGCUGUUACUCGAUCCUCAGUUUUGAAUUAGAGUCGUUAUGUCCCCUUUUA